AUGUCCAUGGGCGGCGGUGAUUACUUACCAUCAGCUCGCCGCCGUGUCUAUUAUGUAAAAUGGGGCGCGCUCGCGCCUGUGCCGGCCACUUUCGCCCCGGGCUCCCGCCAAAAGCGCCCCCGCGCACCCCACAACUGGCAGGCUAGCACAAUCGUUCGCUCACAGUCCGCGCACCGAGGGCGUAAGUUCCGUCACGUGUUCGCGCGAUGGGGGCAAGAUGGCGGCAAGCGUCCGCCGCGUCCGUGCGCCCGUGCCGUACUGCAAACCUCGGCCGGUCGCGGCUACCGGCUAUCGGCCCGCCCGCCGGACGCCAAGUUGGGCCGCCUAGCCGACUCUGCCCCGGCCCGAAACGUGCAAACAAAACAACCUUUAGAUGCACCGAUGCUCAGUCAGUUCCCCACUGCACGCUUUAUCGCAAGACUUGGCCACUCUUCACGGCUGGAUUAUGCGCACCUUAAAAGUUGCGAA